CUCAUUGUUACUAUAUUACUAUUUGUUUGAUUUCUAUGAAGAAUCAUUGUGUUUGUUUAUGGAUAUUGUUAAGCCUUGUGGUACUUCAGUUGCAGGCUAAUGGAAGUGUUGGGUGUGAGGAAGAAGAAAGAAGAGCACUUUUGAUACUAAAAGAUGCCUUUAACGGAACCACUGCCCUUUCUUCUUGGGAUAAUGAAGAAAUGAAUUGCUGCAAGUGGGAAAGAGUCAACUGUGACCAAUCCAAUCAUCAUGUCAUCCAACUCUCCCUUGCCUAUAUUACGCAAUCGAGUUCUGAUGAUUUUUCCCUAAAUGCUUCGCUCUUUCUUCCAUUCAGAGAACUACAGAACCUGAGCUUAGAUUUAAACAUAAUACGAGGAUUCCAUGGAGUACUAAAUUUAAGCAAGUUGCAGGUUUUGGAUUUAAGUGAGAAUAGGUUUGAUGAAAUUCCAAGUUUAGGUUUACUGCGCUCACUUAGGAUCCUUAAUAUGGAAUCCAACUCGAUCAAUACUUGGUCUCACUUUGAAGAGCUAACACCUUUAAAACAUCUGGAGUUGCUGAAUUUUGGUUAUAAUCAACUGAGCGGAAAAAUUCCUGGUUCACUUGGAUCAUUGACAUCUUUAAAAUUUUUGUCGUUCACAGACAAUGAUCUAAUAAAUGGGUCAUUGAUAGAGGGAGGGUUUUGCAAGUUGAGGAACCUUCGGGAGUUGGAUUUGCUUGAGAAUAGUUUUGAUGGAAGAAUACCUUCAUGUCUUGGAAAUUUGACAUCUCUUCGUGCCCUUGUUCUUGAAUCAAAUUACUUGACUGGAACACUUCCUUCUACUGUAUUUUCUACCCUGAAUUCACUCGAAUAUCUCUCCCUUUCUUUCAACUACUUUGAAGGUUAUUUCUCGUUCAACUCAUUCAGGAACAAUUCCAAACUUGAGGUCUUUGAACUUGACAACCUUCGUAGUAACUUGACAGUAGACACAGAAAAUCCACCUUGGAUGCCUCAACCUCAUAUCAAAAUAUUUCGAUUAUCAAACUGUAAACUCAAUGAACUUGGAGGGAAUCUACCAAGUUUCCUGUCAAAGCAACGUGAGUUGAGAAUCCUUAGCCUUAGCCAUACAGGGGUGAGAGAAAUAUUUCCUUCUUGGUUGCUCAUCAAUAACCCAAAUAUGAAAUUUCUCAGCCUUGCGGGGAAUUUCCUAACAGGACCUUUUACAUACAACAACCAUCAAACGAAGAAUGAAUAUCUCAGCUGGUUAGAUGUUUCUAUGAAUCAAAUCCAGGGGGUACUUCCAUAUUCUAUUGGUGUUUUAUUUCCAAGUCUGUACCUUUUGAACAUGUCUAUGAAUGCAAUGCAAGGUGGUAUUCCUCCCUCUAUGGGGGAAUUGAAAGCACUAAGAUUCAUAGAUUUUUCAAACAACAAUUUGUCAGGAGAAUUGCCAGAAGAUUUUAUCCAAGGAUGUACUAAUUUGUGCAUUUUGAAGAUAGCAAAUAACAAUUUGCAAGGUCAAGUUCUUCCUACAAAUUCAAACCUAAGUAGCCUUGAGUAUUUACAUUUGGCAAACAACCGUUUUUCGGGUGAGCUCUCUCGUGGCCUACUAAAUAGCAUGUCUUUGGAAUUAUUAGAUUUGAGCAACAACUCAAUCACAGGCAAGAUUCCUGACUGGAUUGGAUACCUUUCAAACCUCGAGUCAAUAGUUUUGUCUCAUAAUUUUCUACAAGGUCCUAUACCAAUGAGCUUUUGCAAGGUGAAGGAAUUGAGCUUUGUAGACUUGUCUAAGAAUAAACUUACUGAGACUAUACCUGCUUGUUUGAAUGUCUCAUCACUGAGAUACUUGCAUUUGCAUGGUAAUGGAUUUACUGGAUUUGUCCCAAAAGUUUUGUCUGAAGCUUCCUCACUUGUGACACUAGACAUGAGAGACAAUAACUUAUCUGGCAGACUUCCUAGUUGGAUAAGUUCACUCUCAAAUUUAAGGUUUCUUCUCCUUGGUGGAAAUCAACUUGAAGGUUCUAUCCCUUCCCAACUCUGUGACCUUAAGAAUGUCACCAUGCUCGAUCUUUCCUCAAAUAAUCUUUCAUCAUUUUUGCCUUCUUGCCUGCACAACGUACUAUUUGGGAGCAAAAGAACCUUUGAUGCCACGCUACUGGAGCCUAAUGUAUACGGAGGGUUUUUGUAUCUUUCUUUAUUUACAUACUCGUAUGAAAGCCCGCUUCAAAUCGAUCUAAUAUUGCAGUACGAUUAUGAAUCAUCAGAUGAGGAGGAAGAAGUGGAAUUUGUAACAAAAAGUAGGUCUGAAUCUUACAAAGGAAGCAUAUUGAAGUACAUGUCUGGGCUCGAUCUUUCCUUCAACAAUUUUACAGGUCCAAUUCCUCAAGAGAUUGGGUUACUGAGUGAUAUCCACUCGUUGAACUUAUCACACAAUCAGUUCACAGGCUCUAUCCCAACUACAUUCUCCAACUUAAAGCAGAUAGAAUGUUUGGACCUGUCUCGCAAUAGAUUGAAUGGCCAAAUACCUCAAGACUUGAUAGAAUUGAACUUUCUAUCAAAAUUUUCUGUGGCAUUCAACAAUUUAUCAGGGAGAAUACCAGACAAGAAACAGUUCUUAACGUUCGACAACAGCAGUUAUGAGGGUAACCCUUUACUUUGUGGGCAACUGUUGGGAGAAAGCUGCAGCAGCUCUAGCUUUGAACCAUCUUCAGAGCCAAAUAUAGAGAAGGACACAUUUAAAGAUACAUUUGUGUGGAGUUUUACAGCAUCAUAUAUUGUAGCAUUUAUAGCUUCUGUUAUUGUUUUCAUAUGCUAUACUGACUAUUCAGAACGGCUAUUUAUGUAUGUUCGAGCAAAAUUUGUAAUAAUUUUCUCUUUUUAAUUCGUGUGUAAGUUAAUAAAAGUUUAUGUAAUGCGAUAAUAAAUUUCUUUUUCAGUCA